CGAACUCAACAUGGCCGCUUCCGCAAAUUCAUUGUCCUUCAUCCUUCAAUAUCCAACGACCGCAAGCUCAUCGUUUAUGAACCCUCAGUAUCCAACAAUGACAACAAGCACUCGCCGAGCCAUUGAAACACUCCCGACAGUGGCUCGUAGAGACUCUCCAGAGGUUUUGCUUACAGAUAGUAGACCUCCACCAAGCCCUACCUCAUUUAACCCAUCGGUAUUAACUCAAGAGUCAUGGACCACCAAGAUCUCCGGCCUCCCCACGGCCAUCGUACCCCCGUCUUCCACGUCCAGCAGCGCAGUAUCAAGCACUCAUAAUACCGCGUCCCUCAACCACGGAACCAGCAUAAGCCUGAUUCCGCUGCUCAGCCUGUCCGUCGCUGUCAUCAUGUGGGUUCUGUAUUACAUCCUGAUCAGCCGGCGACGCAGAGCCGGUAGAAGUGUUCCCCGACUAUGGCCCUCCUUCUCCCUGUUUGCCUUUUCGCGAAGAGGUAGGGCCCAUUUCACCUUCCAAAUCAAGCGCUCAGACAGCCGAACGUCGCUGCUUCCCAGCGAUCGCCUCGCCGCCGGGGCAGGGCUGGGAUACCAAGUAAUUUCUCGGGGUAAUGGACGCGAUGUGGACAAAGGACAGACAGCCGUCGUGACCUGGACGUACCGUGACCCUCCUCCAGUCGAACUCGACGGUCAGGGCAUCGGAGACUCGCCGAUCCGACCCAACUGGGUCUCGCGGAUAUCAAGCUUCUUGGUCACGGAGAGGGAAGGAAAAGGGCAUGGAUGUGGUCAGAUGGAUCCAUCGCUCAGAGCGACAGGAUCUAUCCGAGAGUCGUUUGGGGAGAAGAUUAAUGACCCCGGGGUAGCCGUGUUAAUUCGGGAGCCGAAGAAGACGCUUUCACGGUAUUCGAGGGCUAUUUCAGAAAAGGCUCUUCCGGAAAUCCCCGAGUCGGAGGAAAUCGUGCCGCUUAGACUGGGUAGCCCACGGGAAAAUUGGGAACGGAUGGCAUCACGCAAUACUUUCAGGUGUGACAAACACACAACAAAAACGUCACCGAACUCCGCUGUUAGGGUCGCCAGUUCCACUGAAGCCACCAUUGAAAGGGGACCCCUAGAUGAUCUUUUAGGGGCCGAAGGCGGGAAGGGUGGGGCCAUAAUCGACAGCCUUACAGUGAGUGGACCGAUAAGUCACAGUCCUCCGGCUACGUUACGUAACGUGAUACAACUUACGGCUUCAGUUGAGAAACUCCCCUCAUUUGUAUCACCACCCAAUUGUGCAAUGACAUGA